CCGUCAAGCAAGAAGUAAUGAAUGUUAGCGAAGCAACAACUUCAGCUGCUCCUAUUGCACCUUUUACCGAUUACACCAACUUUAAUAUGUUAUUUCAACCACAAUAUCCCACCUCUCCAUUUUUUAUGAAUCCAUUUAUUUUAAAUAAGGCUACAGCUGAAAAUAAAGAGAAUUAA